UGGUGAUGAGAGAGAUGAAGACAGGUUCAAGUUGGGGUUUUGGAAAUUAUCAUGUUAAUGGUUUCUUUAUAAGUACCAUUUUAAUUUACUUACACUUCACCAAGCCCACACUUCACAAAACAAAGUUCUGCUCUCAUGGAGAAAAAUCUAUUUCUCUGCAUUUUCUUAGCUUUUUUCCUUCAUUUUUCAACACUUUCCUUCGUUCAUGCACGAGUGACCGACAUUUCCACAGACAAACAAGCUCUUCUUGCCCUGAAAGCUCGUAUAAGCCAUGAUCCGAGCAAUUUGUUGACCAGCAAUUGGUCCACAAGUUCUUCUGUUUGUCACUGGAUGGGCAUAACUUGUGGUGCUCGUCACUCAAGAGUAACAGCUUUGAAUAUUUCUCACUUGGGUCUCACAGCCACCCUUCCUCCUCAACUAGGAAAUCUAUCUUUCCUUUCAAGGCUAGACAUCAGCGACAACAGCUUUUAUGGCGCUCUCCCUGAGGAAUACGCACAGUUACGUCGACUGAAAUAUCUUGUUUUGAGUCGUAAUAGCUUAUCGGGUGAACUGCCUGCAAGUAUUUUUGAUAAUCUUCCCAAUAUGCAGUUGCUUUAUUUGCAUUUUAACAUGUUCGAAGGAAAAAUACCAUCGACCAUAUCAAAAUGCAGAAGCCUGCAAAACUUAUCCUUGUCAUUCAAUAAUUUCACAGGAGCCAUUCCGAAGGAAAUCGGAAACUUGACUCAACUUAGGGCGAUCUAUCUUGGAGUCAACAAACUCGGAGGAGAAAUUCCAAAAGAGCUUGGCAAUCUAGCAAAACUGGAGCUAUUAUCACUGCAAAAUAGUUACUUAACAGGAACUAUUCCCUCACUUAUCUUCAACCUUUCUUUCUUAAUUUCCAUGGACUUUUGGGAAAAUAGCCUGACUGGUAGCCUUCCGGAAAACAUGUGCCAACAUUUUCCCAAUCUUAAAGAACUAUACUUGUCUUAUAAUCAUCUCUCUGGUCGGAUUCCAUACAGCCUGGGGCAAUGCAGAAUGCUUCGUAUUCUUAUGUUGUCAAACAACCAAUUCGAAGAACAUAUUCCUAGAGGAAUUGGAAACUUGACAUUAAUCAAGUAUCUAUAUCUAAAUUCGAACAAAUUGACAGCCACCCUUCCUCCACAACUAGGGAAUCUAUCUUCCCUUUCAAGGCUAGACAUAAGCAACAACAGCUUUUAUGGCUCUCUCCCUGCAAGCAUUUUUGACAAUGUUCCCAAUCUGCAGUUGCUUUAUUUGCAUUCUAACAUGUUCGAGGGAAAAAUUCCAUCGACCUUAUCAAGAUGCGGAAGCUUGCAAAACUUAUCCUUGUCAUUCAAUAAUUUCACAGGAGCCAUUCCGAAAGAAAUUGGAAACAUGACUCGACUUAGAGAGAUCUAUCUUGGAGUCAACAAACUCCAAGGAGAAAUUCCAAAAGAGCUUGGCAAUCUUGCAAAACUGGAGCUAUUAUCACUGCCAAAUAGUUACUUAAUAGGAACUAUUCCAAGAGAAAUUGGGAACUUGACAUUAAUCAAGUAUCUAUAUCUAGAAGACAACAAAUUGACAGGUGAGAUACUGUAUGAAAUUGGCAAUCUUCAUAAUCUUGAGCGGUUGAAUCUUGCACAUAACCAUCUAGGUGGCCCUGUCCCAGCUACUCUAUUUAACAUUUCAACAAUGCAAGUACUUUCAUUGAGUGGCAAUCAACUAUCCGGAAUUAUUCCAUCAACUGCAGAGCUUCCAAACCUUGACCGUCUUUACUUGUGGGGAUGUAAUUUCAGUGGGCCAUUUCCCGAUUUCAUCACCAAUGCUUCCAAGCUUUCCAUUAUAGAGAUCUCACAUAACUCAUUCUCAGGCUUCAUUCCUGACACAAUUGGUAAUUUAAAAAAUCUUAAGAGACUAAAAUUAGGAUAUAAUUACUUCACAUCUACUCCUGGUCUAAGCUUUCUUUCCAGUUUGACAAAUUGCAAGCGUUUAAGAGUUCUAGGAUUAAGCAAAAAUCCACUAAAUAGCAUCCUUCCAGGUUCCAUAGGGAAUCUUUCUAUUUCUUUAGAAUAUUUUUACAUAUAUGAUUGCAACAUUAGUGGCAAACUUCCCAAAGAAAUUGGAAACUUGAAAAACUUGAUAGAUCUAGAAUUACGAGAUAAUGAAUUGACAGGACCAAUUCCAGUUACCAUGGAUGGCUUGCAGAAUCUUCAAGGUUUGUAUCUUCAAAAUAAUAAAUUUGAAGGACUCAUCCCAGAUAUAUUUUGUCAUUUACAUGAAUUGGAUGAGUUGAAUUUUGAGGGAAACAAGUUCUAUGGAGCCAUACCUGCAUGUAUUGGCAAUCUCGCUGCACUAAGAAAAUUGUUUUUAGGUUCAAACAGGUUAACUUCUUCUAUACCCUCAACUUUGUGGAACCUAGAAGAUCUCUUAUACUUUGAUUUGUCAUCAAAUUAUCUUAACGGAUCUCUUCCAUUAGACAUUGGAAAACUCAAGGUUGCCAUAGCUAUAGAUUUGUCAAGGAAUCUUUUUUCGGGAGAGAUUCCAAUUGUUAUGGGAAGCCUUGAAAAUCUGCAAAAUCUCUCCUUAGGAUACAAUAGAUUACAAGGCUCCAUCCCUGAAUCAUUUGGCAACUUGAUAAGCCUAGAAUUCUUGGAUUUGUCUGGAAACAACCUUUCUGGUGUGAUUCCCAAGUCUUUGGAGGCACUCUUGUACCUUAAAUAUUUAAAUUUAUCUUUCAACCAACUCAGUGGUGAAAUUCCUAGAGGAGGGCCCUUAAAAUAUUUCUCAAUUGAAUCAUUUAUGGGAAAUCUCGCAUUGUGUGGGCCUCCUCAACUACAAGUUCCACCAUGCAAAAAAAGCACUCAUCGAGAAUCAAGGACUAAAAAGGUUUUCUUAUUGAUUCUUUUGCUAACAUGCAUUACAUUCUCAUUAGUUAUCCUGGUUCUUAUGUCUUUGUUGAUUUGGAAAAGGAGAACAAUGCCAACUACCAACUUUGAUUUUUGUCCUGGAGGAACAUUGAGAAGAAUUUCUUACCAGGAACUUAUGAGAGCAACGGAUGGAUUCAGUGAGAACAACCUACUUGGCAAAGGAAGUUACGGUUCAGUUUACAAAGGAAGAUUAUAUGAGCGAAUGGAGGUUGCAGUAAAAGUAUUCCGCUUGGAUUUUGAAGGAGCUCUUACAAGUUUUGAAACUGAAUGUGAAGUGAUAAGAGGUCUUCGUCAUCGAAAUCUUGUCAAAAUCAUUAGCAGUUGUUCAAAUGAUGAUUUUAAAUCUUUGAUACUUGAAUACAUGCCUAAUGGGAGCCUAGAGAAAUUGUUGUUUGAUGAGAAGAAUGUUUUGGACAUUUCUCAUAGACUAAAUAUAAUGAUCGAUGUUGCUUUAGCUUUGGAAUAUCUCCACUUUGGCUAUUCAGUCCCAAUCAUUCAUUGUGACUUAAAGCCAAGCAAUGUCCUACUAGAUGAACAUAUGGUUGCACAUUUGAGUGAUUUUGGCAUUGCAAAGCUAUUAGGUGAAGAAAACUCCAUGACACAAACAAAGACCCUUGCCACUAUUGGUUAUAUGGCACUAGAAUAUGGGAGAGAAGGAAAGGUAUCUAGACAAGGAGAUGUGUACAGCUAUGGUGUCAUGCUAAUGGAAACAUUUACCAAGAAGAAGCCAACGAAUGAAAUGUUUAUAGAAGAAAUGAGCUUAAGGAGGUGGGUUAGUGAAUCAUUAUAUAACACAGUGAUGCAAGUUGUGGACACAGAUUUGCUUACAAGGGAUGAUGAACAUUUCUCAAGCAAGGAAGAAUGUGUGUCAUCUAUCUUAAGCUUGGCUAUGGAGUGUACAAGAGAAUCACCUCUGGACAGGAUCACUAUGAAAGAAGUAGUGACAAGACUUAUGAAAACCAAAGCCCAACUUGCAGAAAUCGAAACAAGAAAAGACAGAUGGGUUUUGAAUUUAGGCUAACUUCUUUCUAUUUUCAAUGAGAAUAAAGUUGUAAUCUAGAUAGAAACGGAAGAACUGGCUAGCCAACGUCCUAUCAAUGAGACAGCCUGAGUUUGGCAACCUUUUACCUUUGUCAUGAGUUUGAUGACAAGUAUAUGCAUAUUAUAAGGUCAAGUUUGAUUAAAAAGAAGUUCUUGUAAUGAAUUUUUAAAUUUGAUGGAUCUUAAUGUGGUCAUGAUAAAGUAUAGGGGUUUUGAAAUUUUCCUAUUUUCACUAGACAUGAAUUAUAGUAUCUAUUAUUAUUGUUAUUUUGACACUUAAAUUUACAUAUAUAUACAUUUAGAGAACCAACAUAAAGAUCAACACAAUCACGAUCAGACAACACUUCCAACCCAUCCUACAGAGAGCCCACUGGAUCCACACACUUCACUUACACAACAACCCUCUAUGGCUAGGAAGCCACUGAAACACCAGCGCCUUCACACACCAGGCAGCCAAGAAAUCCACCAGAACUGCCCACCAGAAACCAAAAAGAGCAGCUUGCAAAAAUUGCAGAAGGUACAAGUGGAAGGACAGAUGCAGCAGCCGAAACAAACAGAACCAGGGAUGGGAGCUCCAGCAAAAACAGAGCAGAAAACAUCAGGAUAGCACAGCAACGGGUAUGGAGGACACCUACUCAGACAGCGAAGCUGAACUAGGCACAGGACAGCAAACCACCAGGUGGAACCACAACCAAGAACCAUCCACGCAAAACACUGCUGGAACGCUGCAGGACAGACAAGAAAGACUCUAGGAGAGAAAGGAUAGGAAGGUGCCAGCAGAACUGGCAGCUAAGAACACAAAUUCGGCAGCAGUAAGGCAGACAAAGGCCAACAUACCCAAUGAACUCCAAUGCAGGAGAAAACCAACAGGGGAGAGGGAUGCAGGGAUCAGCGACUCCAGAGAAGGAGAAAGGCAAAAGAACAUGAGAGGAUUCCAGCACUAAAGCAGCCGCAGAGCCCCAACCCGAGCCAAAAUAGACCAGUAGCAUAACGGCGCCUCCACAGGGCCCAAGAACACAUCGGAAGAAGCUAGGCCGAUGUAGAGGAGAACCACAGAGAGCCAGAGACCACCAGGGAGUUACAGAUAAAAGGCUGAAAACACACCAUGAGAUGGAAACAGGCCAGAAACAGAGAACGCAGGGAUGAAGAAGCCAUAAAAAGUCCAGCAGCAGAAGAGAUGAGGCGGUGGAGAGGGACAUUCAUUCAAAAAGACCAGAGCAACCCGCACCAAACCACCCAAGUUGGAACCAGCAAAAGGAAAGGAGAAGCACCUGCAAAAAAAUACCCAGUUAGCAAAAAGGCUGCCACCUCCAAAGAGCUGAAGCCUCAACACUUCAAGAUGCAGUUCAGUAGGCCUCAAUUUCAAGCCAUGGCUUUAUUGGCAAUCGGAGGUAGGAAGUUUGAGAGGUCAGCCCCUCUAUCUCUAACUAGCCUCCCGAUCCUUUCCACAAUUCUCAUCAGCGAGUAGGGCUUCGUCCACUAACUAUGCAACAUGAGAUGUGUUCAUGCGCUUUAUUGACGAAGUAGUUGUCAGUUCAAGCAAUAAAAGUUUUUGGUAAAGAGCUUUUGAAACUGGGAUUAUUUGUAAAGCUAAUUUACAUUAUAAAAUGACAAAUAUACCCAUACAUAA